CAGUCAACGGUUUGCCCAACAAAGCUAAGCCGACAGAUCAAUUUUCUAGUAGUAGACAGCGGAAUCGUGUUGCUCUAAACGACUUCGAAGUCGAACAAAGUCGAACGUACGAUAUGUGCGGUCGGACAGCGUGCACCUUGGAACCGGAGGCGAUGUGCAAGGCCUGUCAGUACAAAGAUUCGGCGGGAAAACACGCCUCGGCUCGCUGGCAAGCCGAAGAAACCGGAGAUGGACGGGGCUAUUGUUCCUCGUAUAAUCUCGCCCCGACGGACGUAAUUCCGUGCGUCGUUGCCGGGCGGCAUUUCAGAGCCGAGGAGGAACGAGUCCUGCAUCCUAUGGUGUGGGGAAUGAUACCUCGCUGGCACAAGGGUGACUACAGGAAGCACGGUAUGUCAACCCACAACGCUCGCUUCGAAGGUUUGUCCGCGUCCAAGUUGUAUUCUCAUCCUUUGUCACUUGGUCAACGAUGCGUGAUAGUAUGCGAUGGUUAUUACGAAUGGAAAACGACCAAGCAGACUAGCAAAGGCAGUAAGCAACCGUAUUUCAUUUACGCAAAACAGGAUGAAGGUGUCAAAAUUGAAGAUCGUCAAACUUGGAACAAAGAAUGGUCCCAAGAUGAUGGCUGGAAUGGGAUCAAGUUAUUAAAAAUCGCUGGGAUAUUUGACACAUGGUUGUCUGCAGAGAACAAAAAAAUAUACAGUUGUUCGAUGAUAACUACCAGUGCCAACGAAAUACUAUCAUGGCUACAUCACCGUAUUCCUAUGUUUUUGGAAAGCGAUGAAGAAGUGGCUGAUUGGCUGGACUACGAAAAUGUUCCGUUGAGAGAUGCGUUGAAGAAGUUACACGGACCUACAACAGACUCUCUCAAAUGGCACCCAGUUGAUCCAAUGGUGAAUAACUCACGAUUCAAGAGCAUCUCUUGUUACCAGCCAAUCGUCAUUGAGGAGAAGAAAGAGAAAGUUCUUCAAUCCGGUCUCAUGACUUCUUGGCUGAAAACUGGAAGUAUGAAAAGUGUGAAAAAUAAAUCCGAGAUUGACGCCUUCGAUGAUAAGUCAGAUAUCAAACGGUUAAAAUCAGAAUAAUUAUU